UUAAGAUCACAUUAAAUCAUUCGUUCUAUAUAUUCUCCCACACACAAAAGAACGAAAGAAAAUGGCUAAUAGCUUGCCGGAGAUAGUGACCAGAGAAACUGAUCCUCCUCUUCCCUUAAGGAGGAGGACUCAAUUACAGUCGUCAUCUGUUGGACAUGAGGUUUCCACAAAAAAAGAAAAAUCGGCCAUUAAUGCCUUUUGUCACGGCCUCUUGACCAGCGUGCUCUUUUGCACCAUCGUCUUCGUUAUCAUGUUCUUCCCCAACGCACUUCGUCCUUGCAACGUCAGUUUCUCCGUGGAAUCUAUCUCCGUUUCUUCUCCCUCUUCCGCCGCCGCCAUCUGGCACGUCGAUUUUCUCGUGAACCACCCGAGGUCGACAUGCCAUGUCUACUACGACGCGGAUGGCGUGUACGCCAAGCUAGGUUUCUUGAACACAGCCGUUUUGAAGACCUCACACACGCGUCGUUCACCUGGGCACACGAGUUUCUCGGUCGAUUUAGCUACGGAGGGUAAUCAAACCGACGUUACUAGGGCUUUCGAACUGGACAUGAAACUUAGUGCGAGGAUGAAACAACAUUUAUUGGGAGAAGAUGCUUGUGGACAUUUCUAUAUCACGUGUCAGGAUCUCACCCUCGGUUAUGACAAGAUUAAAUGCCAAUCGUCUUUCAAAAAGUUGAAAGGAAUCUAACUCAUAGGCUCAUAGCUAUAUUUUUGCUA